AUGGAACAAGGUUGCUUAGCCCACGAACUUCAGAACUCUGCACGCAAGUACUAUCGUUCUCUCUGUCUUCGUGGGAAAAGCCUUGAGCCUUAUACCACUCAAAACCAAAUCGAAACUUUGGUAACUCCAACCGAUCGAUUUGUAAUUCUUCAUCUUCAAAAUAAUCAAAAGCUGAAUUGUCCCAUCUUUCGAUUCCGUGAUGGGAUGUAUGUCGCAUGCGCUCCUCACUCUCAAAAAGAGCUUGUUAAUGUUAAACAGUUCUACACUUAUCUCAGAAAUACUUCUCAAAAAGUCAUUCAUAAAGAUGAUAACUUUCAAGAUUUAGUCGCAGCAACAGUAAUGGAUCAUAAAAUAGUAUUAAAUUAUAUCGACCCUUUAAAAGAAUAUUUGAAAGUAGUGUAUGAUGAAGAUCGAGAUGAAUUCAUGGAAAUUCAUGUUGAAAUAGAAGAUCCUUCUACAAUUUUUGAACCAACGUUUGAAGACGUCAUGACGUUAUGGAUUGCGGUUAUCAUUUGGGGUACCCAACUUAUAUUAGGCCGUCUUUUAUACAAGAAAGUUGGUUUUAAGAUUACUGGUAAAAUCUAUGGUUUAAUACAAUAG